AUGAACGCCCAGCUGUCGAUGGAAAACAUCGGCGACUUGCACGGAGUGAGCCAUGAGUCCGUGACCGGCCACGGGGAGCUGCUGAGCGGCCACAGCCCGCAUUCCCGUCCCAACCCGCGGGGUCUGCAGAGCCACCGCGCGAUGGGCAUGGCGACCCUCCUGGACGGCGGAGACUACCACCACCCGGGGCACCUGCACCCCGCCAUCAGCAUGUGCGAGGCCCCCGGGAUGAGCGCGAGCAGCACCUACACCACCCUGACCCCCCUGCAGCCUCUACCCCCCAUCUCCACCGUGUCCGACAAGUUUCCUCCCCAUCACCACCACCACCAUCACCACCAUCAUCCGCACCAUCCGCACCCGCAUCCCCACCAGAGGAUCCCCGGGAAUGUCAGCGGCAGCUUCACGCUCAUGCGGGAGGACCGCAGCCUGGCGCCCAUGAACAGUCUCUACCCCGCCUACCACCACAAGGACCCCUGCAUGGGCCAGAGUCUCUCCCCGCUGUCCGGCUCCGGUCUGGCCGGCAUCCACACCAGCCAGGCCGGCCUCCCGCCCUACGCGCACCCGGGCGCCGCCAUGCCCGGCGAGAAGAUGCUCACCCCCAGCGGCUUCGAGGCGCACCACCCCGCCAUGCUGGGUCGACACGCCGAGCAGCACAUGAGCUCCUCGGCGGGGAUGGUGCAGCUCAACGGCCUGCACCACCACCCCCACGCCCAUCUCGGAGCGCAGGGCCACGGCCAGGGGCUGGUGGGCGGCCGGGAGCAGGCCUCCGGGCUCGGGCAGCAAGGAGCCAUCAACGGCGGCGCCGGUGCGGGCGGAGGCCAGAUGGAGGAGGUGAACACCAAGGAGGUGGCGCAGAGGAUCACCACGGAGCUCAAGCGCUACAGCAUCCCCCAAGCCAUCUUUGCCCAGCGGGUCCUGUGCAGGUCCCAGGGGACCCUCUCCGACCUGCUGAGGAACCCCAAGCCCUGGUCCAAGCUCAAGUCCGGGAGGGAGACCUUUCGGCGGAUGUGGAAGUGGCUGCAGGAGCCUGAGUUCCAGCGCAUGAGUGCACUCAGGCUCGCAGGUGAGCGAAGCCUCGCCUGCAAGCGCAAGGAACAGGACCACGGACACAGCGAGCGGGGCAACGUGACCAAGAAGCCCCGCCUGGUCUUCACGGACGUGCAGCGGCGGACCCUCCACGCCAUCUUCAAGGAGAACAAGCGUCCGUCCAAAGAGCUGCAGCUGACCAUCGCACAGCAGCUGGGCCUGGAGCUGACCACCGUCAGCAACUUCUUCAUGAAUGCGCGGCGCCGCAGCUUGGACAAAUGGGUCGACGACGGCUCCGGUCACCCGGGCGGGCCCAACGCCUGCACCAAAGCAUGAACGACGGGAGCGCUUUGACCUUAACUCAUGGACUUGACUCGGUGGAAAAGCUUUAAAACUUUAGAGAAACUUACAAACUUUUUUUUUUUUUUUUUUGCCCUUAAAUCUGUACUAUAUUGAUAUUUAUAGUAUCCAAAGAUGAGAAAAAACAAA